UCAGCUGGCGCCGUGCGUUGCGGAGGCGUGAGCUCGUUCGGAGAGGAGUGCUCGCUGCAGGGGGAACCCGAAGGCCGGAGGUGUGCCGGAGCGGGUGAGCGCGCCCGUCGUCGUCGGCCGCCGAAAUGUCUGCGCAGUGCUGCGCGGGCCAGCUGGCCUGCUGCUGCGGGCCUGCCGGGUGCUCCCUGUGCUUCGGCUGCUGCCCCAAGGUCCGACAGUCUCGCAGCACCCGCUUCAUGUAUGCGCUCUACUUCAUCCUUGUCGUCAUCAUCUGCUGCGUUAUGAUGUCAAGCACUGUGGCCAACGAGAUGAAAGAGCACAUUCCUUUUUAUGAAGAUAUUUGUAAAGGCAUUAAAGCUGGUGACACCUGCGAGAAGCUGGUAGGGUAUUCUGCAGUGUAUAAAGUCUGUUUUGGAAUGGCAUGUUUCUUCUUUAUCUUCUUCUUACUGACCCUCAAAAUCAACAACAGCAAAAGUUGUCGAGCUUAUAUUCACAAUGGCUUUUGGUUCUUUAAACUUCUGCUGUUGGGGGCCAUGUGCUCAGGAGCUUUCUUCAUCCCAGAUCAGGAGACUUUUCUGAAUGCCUGGCGCUACGUGGGAGCUGUAGGAGGCUUCAUCUUCAUACUCAUCCAGCUCAUCCUGCUCGUGGAGUUUGCACAUAAAUGGAACAAGAACUGGACUGCAGGAACAGCGACUAACAAGCUGUGGUACGCCUGUCUGGCCCUGGUGACGCUCAUCAUGUAUUCCAUUGCCACUGGAGGCUUGAUUUUGAUGGCAAUGUUUUAUACACAGAGAGAAGGUUGCAUGGAAAACAAAAUUCUCCUAGGAAUAAACGGAGGGCUGUGCCUGCUUAUUUCAUCGGUGGCCAUUUCCCCCUGUGUUCAAAACGAACAACCACACUCUGGAUUACUGCAGUCCGGGCUGAUAAGCUGCUAUGUCACAUACCUCACUUUUUCAGCUCUGUCUAGCAAACCUGUAGAAUUUGCUCUGGAUGAACAUGGGAAGAAUGUUACAAUCUGUGUGCCAGACUUUGGUCAGGAUCUGUACAGAGAUGAGAACUUGGUUACUGGACUGGGCACCACCCUCCUGUUUGCAUGUAUCUUGUAUUCAUGUUUGACAUCGACAACAAGGUGGAGUUCUGAUGCGCUGCAAGGGCGAUAUGCAGCUCCUGAGCUAGAGGUAACUCGGUGUUGUUUUUGCUUUGGUCCCGACGGAGAGGAUGCUGAAGAGCAGCGGAAUAUGAAAGAAGGACCACGGGUUAUUUAUGAUGAGAAGAGAGACACCGUCUAUAACUACUCCUAUUUCCACUUCAUGUUCUUUUUGGCAUCCCUCUAUGUGAUGAUGACCGUUACCAACUGGUUCAACUAUGAAAGUGCCAACAUUGAAACGUUCUUCAGCGGGAGCUGGUCCAUCUUCUGGGUCAAGAUGGUGUCCUGUUGGAUGUGUGUGCUGCUGUACCUGUGGAGGCUGGUCGCUCCCCUCUGCUGUCCCUCUCGACAGUUCUCCGUGUGAGGAUCUGAGCAAACCCUGGGUUCAGCACACGUGCAGGCUAGAGUGAUGUCCUUUGACCAAGUGUCCCACGUGUUUACACAGUGACUGAUGCCCUCUGAAAAGCUGACAACUCCUGGCUAGCUUGAGUGGGUCUGAAAAAACUUUCAGCAAAAAAUCUCCUAAUUAGCUUUUUAAUUAUGAAAUUGGAAAAGAAACUACCAGUUUCUCCUAAAGGACUUUUCAACCAGACUGAUCAUGGGUGAUAUAUUUUGCCCCCAGAUACUGGAAUAGUGGUUACGUUGAUACUUCCCUUGUGUAUGUUUGUACCACAACAGAGUUGGGGGCACAACAUCUUUUCACAGGGAUAAUAGCCUAUGUUGUGUGGCCUGUUGUUUUUCAUUCUUAGAAUAGAAAUCAUACCAAAACCUUGAGCCUCCUGUCCCUGACAGAAUGCAGGCCUCUCUCAAGCUCCUCUGCCUCUGGAGCCCAUGGCCUCUGAGGACCGGCCUCAGACUGCAGACCUCCUUGCUCACAGCUCCCUGGUAUUCUUGGGGUCAAGGAGGCAGCACCUGCUUUAAAAUUCCAUCUACCCUUAGUGCAGUUUCCUCAUGGCCUCCCAAUGAUGCCCUUUGAAAUUGUGAUAGUGGAAAAGACUUCAUUUUUGCCCUGUCCCUUCCCAGAGGUACCCUGUCUUUUCUGGGCUCAGCAUCUUCAUUAUAAUGUGAAAAAGCACAAUUUGCCAUCACCCCCGGGUGAAAUCCCCCUCUCCCCAUACUAACACUGCUUGAUCCAAGUUACUGCAAUAAUUAUGACUCUGAUUUGUGUUGUCUUUCACACAGUUCCAGAACAAUACUCAUGUUGUUUUCUUUGGAAGGCCAUAAUCCUUCAUUGUUAGUGCUGUUAGUAAUACGCUUAAGGACCUUAAUGAAAAGUCGCUUCUUGACUGAAGCCUGUUGCACCCCUCUUUCAGUUGUUAAGGUCAGUCCCUGAGUUUCCUCUCCACCUUGAGAUCUUUGAAAUUGUAAAAGCAAAGGGCUUUUGUAUUCCAGAUCUGAAAUGUGACCACACUGUUAACAUCCAUUUUGGUUUCCUAGGAGUAAAAUUCCUGAGGCAAGGAUCCCAGGCAGCAGCACCUCAAACAGGGAUGACCAGUUAAGGCCUACUGUACAAGUAGUGGAAGUGACCAACUAUAUUUAGAAGAAGUAGUGGGGGAGGGGUGGGUGUGGGUAUUUGAUUAAGCUAUGGACAACAUUCACAGAAAUUUCCAAAAUACAUACUCAUGAAGUAAUGUUCAUAGCAGAUUUGACUGCCCGAGAAGAUGUCCAUUUUCAGUGUCAAUGUUCUCAGUCAGGGAAGAGGUGUACUCAGUGGGAAGCCCUUUGAAUAUACCUGUGGAGACAUAGUAGGGACUCUCUCGUUAGUAUUUCAUGUAGGGAUGGAAAGAAUGCUUUUGGUCAGGUUCCCUGGAAAAGAGAGUCUGAGAAUAAGAAGACUCAGCCUGGACCUUCUUUCUGUGCUACUUUUGAGUUGGGCAGAACUGAGUCCCAGUGAAGCUCGGCUCCAGUGUGCCAAAAUGCUGACAUGGGAAAUUCUUCAAAUUCUUCAUUUGCCCUCCUUUGCCCUACUCCCAAGAAGAAAAAAGAAGGUGUGGUGUGGUGCAGAGACAAAUAAAAUGAAUGGAUUCCUUUAGGAUCUUGCCUUACAUUCAGUGUUUUUUUAGUUUUUGAAGGCACUCAAUCUGUGUGAGAGAGAGUCUUGUUUUGUAAACUUUUUAAAAUUUCCUUAUUUGGGGCAGGAGGUCUUUGUGCUCAGCCUCUCAAAGAUCCAUCUGGAGUCACAAGAUGAAUGGCCUCCUGCUACCCUCAGAAACCCUAAGUAAGCCAGGGGGGAGGAGGAGCCCUGUGGGCACAGGCACAGGGAGCGCAGCCUGGGUGGUUUGUGUAGCAGGCGCUGUGGAGGGCCUGUGCAGUGAUUGGAGCAAUAACAUGGGGUGGGGAGCUCCGGGUAAGCUCUGGCUCUGAGCAAGCUUAGGAAGCACCAUGAGAAGAUGCAGAUCAAGAGCCAGGGUAGUACCAGUGACUAGUUUCAUUAUGUUUUCCUCCUGCUGAGGUCUAGUAGAGUCCUUGGUUUGCCCUUUCAGCUGGGCCUGGCAACAAGCUGGUUUGCCUUUAGAACCAGCACUGGUACCAGUUCAAGGUUAGGUGACAAUGUCAUGUAUUCCUUGCCUGGCCCUUGUUGGCUUCCCUUCCCCCUAGCAGAAAAGCUCAGGAAAACAAAUGAAAAGACAUUACCAGUAGCAGGACUUUCGAAACUUCCUUCAUCAGCCAGUCCAGCGAACCCACCUUUUCCAGCUCCUUAAGGCUUUUUUAAGGCUUGGUUUGUGGCACAGAGUUCCCCUUUGAAGGUUGGUCUGAUGGAAUGGAAGAACAGUCACUGUGAUUUUUAUCUUCAACUAAAAACGUUAGGAAGUUUAUCUGGCUGAUCUAAAGAGAGAUGGAUGUGCUCUGAGGACCGAGGGCAUAUAAAUACACCAAUAAGAAGUUGACUUUAAGGAUUACUAAUUGUAAUAACAAUACUCAGGUGAGGAGUCAACAUUGAUGGGUUUAAGGAACCCUGUAUUUUUAUGCUGUUGUGAUUUAAGAAACUGGAAAAAUUGUGCCAACUGUUUUGAUUUCCGAUAAUAGUGCUAAUUUGAUUAACUCACUGACAACUUUUUAAAAAGAUAGACCUUUGUUUCUUACAACUUUUUGUAUAUGAUUUAAAAAGCGCAUUCCUAGAAGCUGCUGGUCAGACUUCUUUAGCUGUGAAUGCCAAAGAAGAAUUUUUAAAAAGCUGUAUGUGUGUGUUUCCUCCCUGCCAUUUGUCUGACUUGGAGAAGAUUGUAAUACUCUUCUUUUUUUCCCUCUCGUGUUCCUAGUAAAACACUAUAUUGUGGGGGGAGGGGUAUUUACGGGGAUGUUGUUGUACUAGACCUGCUACCUGACUGAAGACCGGAGACUAUUUCUCACAUAAGCCUUGGGAAAAACCGUACUUUGUUCUUAUUGGAUUGACCAUUUUUUUUAGUAAUACUGGCUAGUUAGUUGGUUUUGUUCUUGACCUCACAGUUUCUUGGGAAAUGGUUGGAGAGAAUUGCUUGCCAGAGGUAUUUGGAGUUCUUUUGUAGGGUAGAUUGUGUGGAUGUGGGUUUUUUGGAGGGUGGAGUUACUGGGGAUUUGGGGUUCUGGUUCCCAUAAGGAAUGGCUAACAGGAGAGCUCCCACACCACAUUUUUUAUUUCUAGUUCCUCAGAGAAUCCUUCAUUAUGAAUGACCUCAGUGUAGUGUUAAUCCCCCCACCCACCUAGUAUUGUCAGCCUUUGCCUUUUUAAGAUUAUGUACUUAUUUAAUUUUUUCUAGACGUUUACCACCAUUGGUGCUUCCUGAUACCCUUCAAAGGGAAUCCUAGAGCCUGUGUUUCAGUUUCCUGGGCUUUUUUUCCCUCCUUUUACUGCCUUUCUAAAUAGUACCUUAUUUUGGUGUACACUUGUGUCAUAUCUUUUGGAAAUGAAAGAGGGCUUAACCUAGACCUAAGAAGGGUUUAACCUUGUGUUAAGACCCUGCACACUGGGCCCUCUGUAAUCGGACAGUGCUUUAGCCACUUGGCUAGUAGAGUUCUCUGUGGGUUAGUCUCCUUAACUUGCUAAUAGAACUAACUUCUGAUGGCUUUGUUCUUAAGACCGCCAUGUUUUCUGCCAUCGUCAAUAUAUUUGUAAAGCCAUCCAACAUUUAGUUUAGUUUUGUAUUUCAGGCAGAGAUGGACUCUGUAAUGUUGGACCUUCUAUUUCACAGUAGUGGAGAGCUGUUUACACAGACCUUUAGAACAAAUGCUACCCAUUCUAAAGAUCUUUCAGUAAAUCAAAUUUGCAGGAGCAGUGUUUUUGAAAGGGGAAAAUAUUUGGCUUUUACCAAAGAGGUAUUUGUCUUUUUUUUUUUUUUCUCCACUAUAAAAAAGCAAAAUCCUUUAAGAAAAAAACUAAGAUGGAGAAUAA